AUGGCUGCGGUUCCCAAUUUGAAUCUCUCUGCACAAGAGCUUGCUGAUAUGUUACUGACAGGGGUUGCAUUUCUCAAUCAAAAUGACGAGUCAAUCAUGGUGAACCGACGUUUCCGGGAGCUCAUGACCUGCUGCAGUGCUAGAUCAUUCGACUGCUGGUCAAAAUCCAUCCACCCAGAAGAUUACGACCGCGUAGCCACUUCUUAUCUUGAGACCUUACGCUCUAAGCAUGCUUUGUGCAUCGAGUCCGCACUCGCAGCCAAAUCUCUCUCUGGCGUGUUCUGA